CGACCGACAACGACCUCAAGUUUCAGUCGCCAAACAAUCUUCUAGAAACCUCCCUCAACACACAUCUGCUUGUCACAGUAUCCAAAAUGACAAACAGAGGCAAGCCCCGCGGUCUUAACGCCGCCCGUAAGCUCGUCGCCGCCCGCAAGGAAGGUAGAUGGGCCGAUCUUCACUACAAGAAGCGACUCCUCGGUACCGCCUACAAGUCCUCUCCCUUCGGUGGGUCCUCUCACGCCAAGGGUAUCGUCCUCGAAAAAGUCGGUGUCGAAGCCAAACAGCCAAACUCUGCCAUUCGAAAAUGUGUUAGGGUUCAAUUGAUCAAGAACGGAAAGAAGGUCACCGCUUUCGUCCCCAACGACGGUUGCUUGAACUUUGUCGACGAAAACGAUGAAGUCCUCCUGGCUGGUUUCGGUCGAAAGGGUAAAGCCAAGGGUGAUAUUCCCGGUGUACGAUUCAAGGUCGUCAAGGUCUCGGGUGUCGGUUUGAGCGCCUUGUGGAAGGAGAAGAAGGAGAAGCCCAGAUCGUAGAUCUUGUUGGGGCUUUUCUGUUGCUGUUUGGGGGAAGUGGGAAGAAAGGGUUUCGUCAGGGGCUAAGGAAAAGGCGGACGAAGAGAAGAGAAAACUAGGCGCCUACCAAUUUCGACGGACAGCUGAAUCUCCGACACACGACAACGGCUGAAUGACGGAGCGCGAAACGAGUUUUAAACCCUCCCCUGCGAGUGAACGUCACGAUACCACCAAAGAGAGAAAAACAAUACAUUGGGGAGUCACACAAAAUGGGUCGUGUAUUUUGUGGUUUCCCCGAAACAAAACAAAAUGGGUGCAAUGGGACGAGGGAUCCGUCUUUAGAAACAUGAGCACCCGAUGAAUGCACUUUUGAUAGAUUGGUUCAAAGACUAUCAAAAUGUCAAUUACUUGAAACAUUGAAACAAAAAAUCCCUGAACUGCUUUUCUUUUAAGCAAAAGCUUACGUCGGCGCAGUGCAUAUUACUCUAUUCU